UAAACCAAUCUAUCAAUCAAACCCCUUCUACUCAAUCGCCUAUGAACUCACUCUAAUGGCUCUGUUUAAAUCCAAGACUAGCAGGAGAUCGUCUUCCUCGUCUUACACAUCAACCUUGACAACAUUAGUUUUUCUCGCAUUGUGUGCUUUGGCAAUAUGGAUGUUGAGUUCCAACUCUGUAGUCUCCCCUGAUCAAGGCACAGACACCCGUGUCGCCGUUGAUAACUCUGAACUAACCAACAAUGACUUAUCUGCCGCCGUCGAAGACUCGGCUGAAACCACCUCCAAAGUCAUCGAAGAGCCCGUUGAUACCACAAGCAAAAUCUCCGACGAGUCAGUUGACAGCACAACGAAAAUCUCAGACCCCAAAGAAACUCAAGCCUUUGGAGACAACCCUGGUCAGCUCCCAGAAGAUGCUAUCAAGUCUGAUGAUAAAAAUCCCAAUCUCAACGUCAAUAAUGAGCCACAGAAUGACCAUAUUUCCACUGCUGAGACUCAGAUUUCAGAGGAAAGCUCGUUAACUCAAUCACAACAAGCCUCUGAAACCAUUAGUGACAAAAAACCUGAAGAAAUCCACGACGAACUUGAGACUGUGAGUGCUACAGAGAACCAACAACAGAGCAUCACCGGGCGACCGCAAGAGGACGUUCAAAGUUUUGAUUCUCAAGAACCUAAGAAAGACAUCAUAGAGGAACGACUUAAGCAGUUAAGAGAAGACAAAGGAGAGACCGUCGAGAAAGAUCAGAUAACGCAACAACCGCAAGAGAUUCGUGAAGAGCAGCAACCCAAACAAGACGAAAAUCCAGAUUCUACGACAGGGACUUCGCAACAAGAACCCCAGUUAGCUCAAACCGACCAAAGCUCGGAGCUUUCCCUGGACGACCCAAAGAAAAAGAAAACCCAGAAAAUUGAAGGCGAAAGUGAAGAAACCCAGAAGCCAAAAACAGAAAAGAAGAAGAAGAAGCGCAAGGACGGAAACAGGGAUGAGUCGAAGUCAUUGCCGAAGGAGCCGACAAAAUCUUGGUCAACACAAGCAGAUGAUUCGAAGAAGGAGAAAGAGGGACAAACUCAAGCUCGAACGUGGAAACUCUGCAAUGUCACGGCAGGAACUGACUACAUACCAUGCUUGGACAACGAAGCAGUGAUAAGCAAGUUACAUAGUAGAAAACACUUCGAACACAGGGAGAGGCAUUGCCCUGAGGAAGCACCUACUUGUUUGGUUCCGCUUCCGUCAGGUUACAGACGGUCCAUCGAAUGGCCGGAUAGCAGAGAUAAGAUAUGGUAUCACAACGUACCACACACACUGCUGGCAGAGGUAAAGGGUCAUCAGAAUUGGGUGAAGGUGUCUGGUGAGUUCUUGACAUUCCCUGGUGGAGGAACCCAAUUCAUUCAUGGAGCUCUUCACUACAUUGAUUUCAUUCAAGAGGCAGAACCUAAAGUAGCAUGGGGAAAGCACACUCGAGUGAUUUUGGAUGUUGGAUGUGGGGUUGGGAGUUUCGGCGGUUUCCUAUUUGAGAGAGAUGUCAUUACAAUGUCAUUUGCACCAAAAGAUGAACACGAAGCACAAGUACAGUUUGCCCUUGAGAGAGGAAUACCAGCUAUUUCUGCUGUCAUGGGGUCUCAAAGGUUGCAAUUCCCCAGCAGGGUCUUUGAUCUUAUACACUGUGCACGUUGUCGAGUACCUUGGCAUGCAGAUGGUGGGUUGCUGCUUUUGGAGCUUAAUCGUUUAUUACGACCUGGGGGUUAUUUUGUUUGGUCUGCCACUCCUGUAUACCAGAAGCUUGAAGAAGACGUCAAAAUAUGGAAGGAAAUGUCGUCACUAACGAAGGCGAUGUGCUGGGAGCUUGUGACUAUAAAGAGGGACAAGCUGAAUCAGAUUGGUGCGGCCAUUUAUAGGAAACCCACUACGAAUAAAUGCUACGAGCAGAGGGAGAAAAACUUUCCACCAAUGUGCAAGGAAGAUGAUGAUCCAAAUGCAGCAUGGUAUGUACCUUUGGUGGCUUGCAUGCACAGGGUGCCUGAGGAUCCUUCAGAGAGAGGGACAAAAUGGCCAUACCCUUGGCCUCGUCGACUUCACAAAGCUCCUUACUGGUUAAACACCUCCCAGACUGGGAUCUAUGGAAAACCACUACCUCAAGAUUUUGUAGCUGACGAUGAACGUUGGAGAAAUGUUGUGGAUGAGUUGAGCAACUUCGGUAUAACUUGGUCUAAUGUCAGAAAUGUCAUGGACAUGCGAGCUGUCUAUGGAGGAUUUGCAGCUGCUCUAAGGGAUCUUCCAGUUUGGGUAUUCAAUGUGGUGAAUGUAAAUGCUCCAGACACACUUCCCAUCAUCUAUGAGCGUGGUCUGUUUGGAAUGUACCAUGACUGGUGCGAAUCCUUCAGUACGUACCCACGAACUUAUGAUCUACUUCAUGCAGAUAAUCUUUUCUCAAACGUCAAGAAGAGGUGCAGUCUUGUUGCAGUAUUAGCGGAGGUUGAUAGAAUACUUAGGCCGGAAGGUAAAUUGAUAGUUCGUGAUGAACCCAAAACAAUUGAGGAAGUGGAAAACCUGUUGGAAUCUCUGCAUUGGGAAAUAACCUUAUCCAAGAAGCAAGAGGGAAUACUCUGCGCCAAGAAAAGCAAUUGGCGACCUUAGUCUUCUACUCUUCGGUUUUCAGGCAUGUUGCGCACUGGAAGGGGCAUAGAGGAUUUUACCCAUUUUUCUUGCUCUUGCAUCUCGCACUAGUCAAUUAUAAUUGAUCCGUACAAAUCCCAUAGAAUUACAGAGAAUUAGCGAAUUGGAUAACCCCUACGGCAGAUAUAAAAUUCUAGCUUUUUGCGUUUUGUGCGCUCUUGCUUUGUGAUCCUUAUAUUUAGC